AUGGAAAUUACUGCGUUGAAUUUGGAAACUGAGGAGUUGUUGGAUUCCUCAUCUAGGGAGAUUUACCAAGCAUUACUUGAAGAGGCAGAAGAGCAGCGGGAAAGUAACUUGGAAAGUUUAAGAGAAUUGGCAGAAGAAGAAGAAGAAGAAGAAGAAGAAGAAGAAGAAGAAGAAGAAGAAGAAGAAAAUUUGGACAAUGUUGAACGAGAAAAUGAGAAUGAAGACGAAGACAUUUUGGCCUUGAAGCAAGAUUUGGAACACCACAAGACAUUGCCAUUCUUGAAAAGACCUAGCAUUUGGCAAAUUCUACUUAUAUUGGUCCUCGUUACUACAUUCGUGUCCGCAGCUGAGCCUUUUAGACAGAAUAUACAGUUCCAGUUGGCAUGCAAUAGUGUUGAAGUGAAUGGACAUUGUAGUCCCGAACUCACACAGAUUUUGAUUGGAAGCUAUAAUCAAGCCUCAAUGGUAGGUAUGACUUUGAUAUCUUUGCUAGCCGUUUCAAUGUUUGGAUAUUCAGAUAUAAUUGGAAGAAAACCGUUUUUGGUUUCGACACUUGCACUGUUUACUAUGUCAAGAAUGGUUGAAUUUUACCUCAUGACACACUAUGAUACAUUUAAAUUUGUGCCCAUGAUUGUCGCAGCCUACGUUUCAGCGAUAUCAGGGGGUUUUGUGAUUAUAGGCUCAAUCAUAAACGCCUACAUAAGCGACGUAUGUCCUAUUGAAGGUAGAACGUAUGCGUUAGCGUUGGGUACUGCCGGAAGCUAUUUUGGACAAGCAGUGGGGCCAUUACUUGGCGAUUUCUUAGGCAAAUGGGCAAACUCGUGGAAUGGUGUAAAGCCACUUCCCGGAGGCAACAAAAUUAGUAUCCAAGCAGCAUCUGAAGUAUCCAAAGUGGCCAACAGCGAGUUCUUGUUGUUAAAAGUCGAGCUUAUCAUCUUCAUAUUAGUGACAUUAUAUCUGUUUUUGGUCCUCCCCGAGUCAAGAAGCAUCAAGGCGAGAUCAAAGUCAAGGCAAAAAUCAGUAUCUGAACAGCAAAUGAGGGCCGAACUAGCAACGGCAAUGAACAAUAUGACAUCACAAAGCUACAAGUUAAAAUUUAAUUUAGUGGUUAGAAACGUUUUAAAAAUUUUUGAACCGUUAACAGUCCUUUUGGUUCCUGCUGAUGUUAUAAGAAGUUCACAGAAACACAAUGUUCGUCGUUUGAGAUUCAUGGUCAUUGUAUUAACGACAACUUCAGUUCUUUAUCAAACCUUGAUGCUUUCGCUUGGACAGAUCCUCUUGCAAUAUGGUAUUUACAAAUUUGAUUGGGGUUCAGAAGGCAUUUCAAUAUUGAUAAGUACAUUCUCAAUGAGCAAGUGCUUUGCGUUAAUGGUUGUAUUACCAUUCUAUCAAAAGACUGUCCUCCAGUCGUGGUUUGGGUUAAAAGUGUUAAAAACGCAAAUCGAUUUGGUGGACAUAUACACUAUGUUAACCGCUUUGAUCACAGACUUGGUCGUGUUUCUUGCAUUUUAUUUCAUGAAAUCAUCAAUCGAAAUGUACACAUUGUGUGGUCUUUUUGCUAUUGGUGGAUUCUUUAGUCCCGUUUCCAUUUCGGCUAUCCUAAAGACAAUUACUAAAAUCGGUCCGCUUUUUGCGGCAAAUACUUUGCUUUUAAAUAUAGUAUGCAUCGUUUCUCCCAUUGCAAUCUUGGGGACCUACACGAGUUUAAUGAAGAAAAAAAUCGCCGAAGAUAUUUUUCUAAUUUUUGCCGCCUUGAUUUUUGUCUUUGUUAUUGCCAUAUUUUCGUGCAAGGUGGUUUUAAACUUGACUAGUGAAACUACGGAUGAAACGGUUAAUAAAAGAGAGCUGGAUCUCUCUGAACCAUUGAAUUGA